CCUUGACUUCUUCCGCCGGGGGCACUUCCGUCGCGCUCGCGGCGGGGAGGUCGCUGGGGCCGAGCGCCCCUCAGCGCUGUGAGGGCCGAGCCCGGGCGCCAUGGCCCUGGCCGGCAGGACGGCGCUGCGCUGGGCCCGGCUGUGGAGCCCCCGCCCCGCUGCCGGCGCGCUCCGCCUUCCAUCCUGGCGGCCUGCGGCGUGCGUGAGGCUGUAUGGAUCCCGCGGCGAGGAAAAGCUAGAUAUGUCGAUGUAUCCUGUUGAAAGCAUUAGAAACUUCAGUAUUAUAGCUCACGUAGAUCAUGGCAAAAGUACUCUAGCAGACAGACUGUUGGAAAUUACAGGAACAAUUGCUAAAACCGGCUGUAAUAAACAAGUGCUGGAUAAACUGCAAGUGGAACGUGAAAGAGGAAUUACAGUUAAAGCACAAUCUGCAUCUCUCUUUUACAAUCAUAAUGAAGUAAACUACCUCUUAAAUCUUAUUGAUACUCCGGGCCAUGUAGAUUUCAGCUAUGAAGUAUCACGAUCACUGUCUGCCUGUCAAGGUGUCAUACUUGUAGUGGAUGCAAAUGAGGGUAUUCAGGCUCAGACAGUGGCAAACUUCUAUCUUGCUUUUGAAGCGCAACUUGCAAUAAUUCCUGUCAUAAAUAAGAUUGACUUGAAGAAUGCUGACCCUGAAAGAGUUGAAAAACAAAUUGAGAAGCUGUUUGAUAUCCCUGUAGAUGAAUGUGUAAGGAUCUCUGCUAAACGAGGAACGAAUGUUGAAAAAGUUCUUCAAAAGGUCAUUGAGAAGAUUCCACCACCCCACUGUAACACUGCUGAUCCAUUGAAAGCCUUAGUAUUUGACUCCACUUUUGACCACUACAGAGGUGUCAUAGCUAACAUUGCACUCUUUGGUGGGGAGAUUGAGAAAGGGCAUAAAAUUGUCUCUGCACACACAAAGAAAAGAUACGAAGUUAAUGAAGUUGGAAUUCUGACUCCAAAUGAACAGCCAACGCAUAAACUCUUCCAGAAACUGGCUCCUCAAGGCAGCAGUGGGAAGAAAAUCAGAUAUGCUGGACAGGUGGGCUACCUGAUUGCUGGAAUGAAAGAAGUAACAGAAGCCCAAAUAGGAGACACACUGUUUUUGUAUAAACAGCCAGUGGAGCCUUUGCCUGGCUUUAAGUCAGCGAAGCCAAUGGUUUUUGCAGGAAUGUAUCCUGUAGAUCAAACAGAAUAUAAUAAUCUCAAAAGUGCUUUGGAGAGGCUGACAUUGAAUGACUCCAGUGUAAAUGUUCAUCGUGACAAUAGCCUUGCCUUAGGAGCUGGAUGGAGGUUAGGUUUCCUUGGUCUUUUACACAUGGAAGUUUUUAAUCAGCGUUUGGAGCAAGAGUAUAACAUGUCUGUUAUUUUGACUGCACCUACCGUUCCUUAUAAAGCUGUUCUUUCCUCAGCCAAGUUGAUAAAGGAGUAUGGUAAAAAGGAGAUUACUAUAAUCAGCCCUGCUCAGUUUCCUGAUAAACUUUCAGUAUCUGAAUAUUUAGAGCCAACUGUUCUUGGUACUAUUGUAACGCCUCAGGAAUAUAUUGGGAAAAUAAUUGUUUUGUGUCAGGAUCGUAGGGCAGUCCAGAAGGAUAUGUUGUACAUCGAUGAGCACAGGGUUAUGCUAAAAUACCUCUUUCCGCUGAAUGAAAUAGUGGUGGAUUUUUAUGAUGCUCUUAAGUCUCUGUCUUCUGGUUAUGCAAGUUUUGAUUACGAAGAUGCAGGAUACCAGGCAGCAGACCUUAUAAAAAUGGAUAUUCUUCUCAAUGGAAAUCCAGUUGAAGAACUGGCAACUAUUGUACACAAUGAUAAGGCAUAUGCUACUGGGAAAUUCCUAUGUGAACGUUUAAAAGAUGCUAUACCUAGACAGUUGUUUGAAAUUGCCAUCCAGGCUGCCAUUGGCAAGAAAAUCAUUGCAAGAGAAACGUUGAAAGCUUACAGAAAAAAUGUUGUGGCAAAAUGUUACGGUGGAGACAUUACAAGAAGAAUGAAGCUUUUAAAGAGGCAGGCGGAAGGGAAGAAGUUGAUGAGAAAAAUUGGCAAUGUGGAAGUACCAAGAGAUGCCUUCAUACGUGUUCUAAAGAGACAAACUGAUAAAUAGAGAUCAGUGGCAUGCAGCUGAUUAUUCUCUCAACUUUUUAUAGUCAGUAAUAUAAUGGUCUGAUGUAUAAUUUAUCACUGAAAGGGAACAUACUUUAACUGGUGUAAAGUAAAUAUAUGUAGGAAAAUAAAUUGAAAGGACUAUGUUCUUAAAAUGUACAGAUACUUGUAGAUUACCAUGAAAUUAAAUUAAUUUCAUUUGA